AUGAGCUACGCGACCCCGCCGGGCCAGCGGCGUUUUUUUUUCGUGGCCAAAGGCGCCGUGCAGCGCGCGAUCUACCAUAUGGAGCUACCUCCGCAUCUUAGUCGCUACUUCAGAUUCCCCGUUGCGCUGCGGAGGUGCCCUGGCUCCAAGCACCUGGGCGGCGCCGAGAUCGGGGGCCGCGGCUGCCUGCAGCCGCUCGUCUACGUCAUGUCGACGGGCUGGCCGUGGACGUCGCACUUCUGCCAGUCCGCCCUGGCCGAGGCCAUCGACGCUGGCGUCUCUGCUGACGUCGCCGCGGCCGAGUGGCAGGACAUUCGCGCCGCGCUGGGGGCGAGGGGCCCAUUGGUUGGCGACUUAGCCCCGGCUGCGCAGCGGGUCGCGUUCGCGGGCGCGGGCGCCCUCGGCGACGCGGGCGUCGUCGGGUGCAGGAGCGAACAGCUCGGCUUAUUUCGCUCGGCGCUGCUUGGGCCGGUCAGGCCAGGCUUCGCCUGGCCGCUCGCGUCGGCGGCCGCGGUCGGUCAUUGCGCGCGGGGCGCGAUCGCGAGUCGGCCCGUGCUGUCGAUCUUCAGGGCAGUGCGCCACUUCGCGGCUCGGGGGCGAUCGACUGCGACGAAGCGCCCGAUCAACUUCGACCGCGGCGGCCCGAUGGCGCAGGACACGUUGGCCGUUUUCAACCCAAGAGGGUCGGUUUGGGAGGCUCCGAGCCCAGCCACGAUGGAGAACGACAUGCCGCCCAUCUUCAACCCAGAAUGGGGCUUCUCGACUGCGGCGGAGUGCGACGUCGUCUUUGUUGCCCACGGCGUGAACCUUGGCGCCGCGGGGGCGGCGCUGAUGGCGGCGCUGAAGCACCGCGCCCCGCCAUCGGCGAUGGCCGCGGUCGUCGGGGUUCUGGUGACCAGGCACUUCUUCGCCGUGGCCGUCCUUAUCAGGCUGAUGCUCGACGCUUGCCCGAGAACUGGCGAAACGGGCGAGUCCGACGAGAGCGCGGUCGUCGACGGCCUCGUAAUGUGGCUGGAAGCGCCGGUGCACGGGGAGGCCUCGACUGACAGUUUGUGGACUAUCGCGCCCGACGAGGCGCGCGGCAUGUUCCGUCGCGCUGCCUCGGACGUCGGCCCGGAGGCCGAGCCGGCGCUGGCGGCGAUGGCCGCGGUCGUCGGGGUUCUGGUGACCAGGCACUUCUUCGCCGUGGCCGUCCUUAUCAGGCUGAUGCUCGACGCUUGCCCGAGAACUGGCGAAACGGGCGAGUCCGACGAGAGCGCGGUCGUCGACGGCCUCGUAAUGUGGCUGGAAGCGCCGGUGCACGGGGAGGCCUCGACUGACAGUUUGUGGACUAUCGCGCCCGACGAGGCGCGCGGCAUGUUCCGUCGCGCUGCCUCGGACGUCGGCCCGGAGGCCGAGCCGCGGGCUCGGACGCAGCUGCUCGUCGCAAGCCCCGGGCAGCCGAUCGUCGCCUUCGGCGGGGAGGUCGAUCGGCGGCUCGAGGAGCUAGCUCAUCUUGCAGACGAGCGCAUCGGGCACUUGGGCGAUCUGGGCAUCCCCGCGCUCGGCAGGAAGGCCCGUGAAUUCGCGGCUUCGCCGCCCUUGAGUGUCGCGCGCCCCGCUUGCGACAGGACCGUGUGGGCGGUGACGAUGCACACGGCGCACGUCCUGGUGGUGACCUUCUGGCAGCUGCUGCUGCGCGCGAAGGCGCCCGAGGCGGAGCACCUCAACGGCUACGUCACCGCCGCUAGCUACCUCCUGGGCGGGCUGGGCCUGCUGCUCUCGGCACGCGCGCCGGUGAUGUCGGACCGGGGCGCCCGCCGGUGGCUGAUAGGCUUCUCCGUGGCCGCCAGCGGGCUGCUGCUGUGCGGCAUGGGCGUCGCCGAAGGGCCACUGGAGUUCUACUGCGCCUUCGUCGCCUACCAGCUCGUCUUCCGCCUCAGCGCGGCGGCCGCGACGCAGCAGGUGGGCGCCGAGAUCUGCCAGGCUGGGGGCACGCAGCCUGCCGAGGGGUCCUGGGGCGGUCCCAAGGGCUUCGCACAGGCCUGGCUGCAGGCGGGCCCCCUGGGCCUCGCGCCCGCGCCCGCGGGC